AUGGUGAAACUUCGAUUCUCAGAUGAGGACAAAGGUGAUCCAACUGUUGAAGAUCAUUCAGUCUACAACACUGAAGGGUCUGACCAAUUGCUCUCUAAUUCCGGAGGGCAACCAUUGCCUGUCGUGCAACAAGAAGAUCAAAUCUCUCCUUCGACUUCAGAUGCAACAUGUGCCUACCCAAUAAACAAGCUCACUCCAAUCGAAACUGAUUAUCCUACCACAACAAAACAACCACCAAACCUCUUGACCAUCCCAGUUGAAGUAAGGAAGCUCAUUCUUCGACAUCUUCUAUCUACCGAUAUGGCCGAGAACAGCCGCACUUUCUACCACCACCAGUUCAAUGAAGCCAAUAUUAAAAUAGACGAGAUCACUGUUGACAGAUCGCGCCGCAACUAUCGAAGAGAGCAAGUGGAGGAGCUUAUGAACAACAAUUGCGUCGUUGGGAAGAAAUAUAAGCUUCACAUCAAUGUGCUGUGGACCUGUAAGCAGCUGUUCAGUGAAGGUUCAACAAUACUGCUGAGCGAGAACAAGCAUCUUGCGAUCAAACAUGUUACCCCACGCAAGUAUAUGAAGAGUUUCUUGAACGAGUGCGGAGUGGAGACAUUUUGGAUACAUCCUGCAAUACUCGAGUCAACGAGACCCAGCCAAUUUCAGCCCAUUAUCACUCUUGACUUGAGAGCCAUUGAUCGCAGCUCCGACCAACGCAAGCUCGGUCGUGUUUGCAAAGCAAUCUCGUUGUUCAUGGCUGUUGCGGUUUCGCGCACGUUCGUCUAUUUUUCCGUCAACCUGGAGAUCCGCGCCUCGUCACUUCUGGCCGGGAAAGGACGAGGCUCAAAGAUUCCUUUCAGCUAUCUUCAGAGAAAUUUGUUUGACUGGAUCGGUCAAAUAGUUGGACAAAUUACAUUUGUUGGACCCUACUCGAAUCUGCCGAAAGAGGACCAUUUAAGAUCAUGGCUUUUGCAGCAACUAUAUUCAAUGUGCAUACCCACUUUGAGACGACCGGCGAUAUUGGCGGGCACGAGACUGUUGAGCGCUGCACGGUUGCCACCUUUUGAACAAUGGGGCACGGAAGAGAUGCGCGGUUUGGUGCGUAGAUUUCGAGAAGCAGAAAUGGAAUUUUUGUGCAAUCGUUAUGCCGCAGCAUUCGAAGCGUUUGGAAACCUCAGUGCCCUGGUCAUGUUUCUCAGCCUCUACGAAUGUCGCCCAUCACAGUUUGACGCAAGAGUGCAAGAGUUGCUUCUGUGGUCACACUUUUAUAUGGGCUUAAGUCUCGUGGAGGAGAAAGAUGCAGCUGCAAGAUUCAUUUACGAUGCCAGAAAAGAAAGCCGCCGUAUGACAUCAGCCGCCUGGUACUUGCCACAAGUUGAUUCUUGGAAAUCACAAUGUCCUAUUUGGCAUUUUCAAUGUAUUGUCACUCCAGGCCAGGAGGUACGACUUCUUUUCGCUAAGGCUGAGGUUUCGUGCAAGUGUCCAUUCCAAAAAGAGCGAAUUCCUCGGUGCAAGAGAUACACAGAGCAGGCCAUGGCUCUAAUGACAAGCGGACAGUCAACGUUGGAUUUCAAAGAAAUCAAAGGCUUAUGUGCCAGUCCCAAGUUUACGAUUGUUGCAUUCCAAAAUGCCAAAGCUGGAAUUAAGCAGUCGAUUGCUCAACAUUUCGGCCCACUACUACCUGUCACUUUGACGUUCGAACCGGACAUAUGA